AGCCCAUCUUCACCACCCGAGCGCACGUCUUCCAGAUUGACCCCAGCACCAAGAAGAACUGGGUGCCUGCAAGCAAACAAGCGGUCACUGUUUCCUACUUCUACGAUGUUACAAGGAACAGCUAUCGGAUCAUCAGUGUGGACGGAGCCAAGGUGAUCAUAAACAGCACAAUCACACCGAAUAUGACUUUCACCAAAACAUCACAGAAGUUUGGGCAGUGGGCCGACAGCAGAGCCAACACGGUGUUUGGUUUAGGGUUUUCCUCUGAGCAGCAGCUGACAAAGUUUGCAGAAAAAUUCCAGGAGGUGAAAGAAGCUGCCAAGCUAGCCAGAGACAAGUCCCAGGAGAAGAUCGAGACCUCGAGUGAUCAUUCCCAAGAAUCUGGGUGUGAAACCCCAUCUUCUACUCAGGCAUCCAGCGUCAAUGGGACGGACGAUGAAAAGGCUUCUCAUGCGGGUCCAGCUGACACACACCUCAAGUCUGAGAACGACAAGCUGAAGAUUGCUUUGACACAGAGUGCUGCCAACGUGAAGAAGUGGGAGAUUGAGCUGCAGACCCUGCGGGAGAGCAACGCCCGGCUCACCACAGCGCUGCAGGAGUCAGCGGCCAGUGUGGAGCAGUGGAAGAGGCAGUUCUCCAUCUGCCGCGAUGAGAAUGACCGGCUCCGUAACAAGAUUGAUGAACUAGAAGAACAAUGCAGUGAGAUCAACAGAGAGAAGGAAAAGAACACCCAGCUGAAAAGGAGAAUCGAGGAGCUGGAGGCAGAACUCCGAGAAAAAGACACAGAGUUGAAAGAUCUCCGAAAACAAAGUGAAAUCAUACCUCAGCUCAUGUCAGAGUGUGACUAUGUCUCUGAGAAGCUAGAGGCAGCAGAGAGAGACAAUCAAAACCUGGAAGACAAAGUGCGUUCUCUGAAGACAGACAUUGAGGAGAGCAAAUACCGACAGCGCCACCUGAAGGUGGAGUUGAAGAGCUUCCUGGAGGUGCUGGACGGGAAGAUCGACGACCUCCAUGACUUCCGCAGAGGGUUGUCCAAGCUGGGCACUGACAACUAGGGCUGGGCCGAGGCCAGGGCCCCGCUUGUGAGUCCCAAUGUGUGUGUGAGACCAGAUAGGACUAGGACGUUCUCCGGUUUGCGUUGCUUCUGUAAAUGCAGGCGCAGUCUGUCGUGUUUCCAAACCAGUUGUGCCGUCCACUCCUCUCCAGAAUAGAAAUCUCUCACUUCUCUGGCCUUGUGAGGUUGUGGACAACUGGAAGAUUCUGACUCAGGAAUCCAGAACUAGGUCUACCUUAAACAUUUACACAGUCAGGGCAGGGAUGUUUAUAUCUUUCUCAAGGGCUGUUGCAACCAUGUGAACUGGAAAAAAAGUAUUUUCUAAUCUUAACAUCAAUAUUCUUUACACCAGGCUAUUUUGCUCCUUUUAUUGAAAAGCGUUCAGAAUAUUUGAAUGUCCAACAGACAUCAGUUCCAGGGGCAAGGAGGGAACAACAGCCCUCUCAGUAAACACUGAGAUGUUUUAAAACAACCAUUUAGUGGAGACUUAUCCAGAGAAAAGAAAACAAGUUUCUAGUGGGUACAUUUUCUGGCAUGGGAAUCACCUGCAUCCGCUCUGCUCCCCUCUCACCCCCAAGUUUGUACGGUUGCGACAAUGCUCCUUUUCUUGGUUUUAGUUUCUGAGCAGAUGAUUGUGCUGUGGGAACAGCACGCAGUGAGGGUACCGAGCAUAGUGCCUGGCACAAACUAGGAGCUUAAUAAAUACUUGUUCAAUUUAAACAUA